AUCAGCUGUUCCACUCUCUGUCAGUUCAGCGUCACAUCACUGAUGGAGAUCACACACUGCUGCAAGUAACGAAAAACUAGAAAAGAAGGUUGUACAAAUAUCUGAAGGUGACAUAUCGAGUCUCAGAUCAGCAACUUCAGGCCAGAGGAGAAGGAGCGCCGAUGAAUGUGGUUUCCACAGCUAACAUCAGCGGAGCCCAGCACGCUUUUACACAGACAGUAAUUCAAAACUCUUUCAGUAAUGGAGGAAGCUCUGCAGGAGAAGGGACCGGUAACGAGGCCCAGUGUGCGUAUUAUUCAGUAUCUUCUGUGAGUGAGGGAACUGCCCCAGCUGUGUCCAUGCAGGCGAGCACUGAUCCCGCGCUCACGCAAACCGCAGGUCAAUUCUACGUGAUGAUGACUCCCACAGAUAUAUUACAUUCUGCCACACAGCGGACUAUAGCUCCACGCACACAACCGUAUACUUUGAAAAUGGACAGUCCACACACGCCUAGAGAUGAGAGGAGAAGGGCACAACAUAAUGAAGUUGAGAGGCGACGGCGAGACAAAAUCAACAACUGGAUUGUGACACUCUCAAAUAUCAUCCCAGAUUGCAACUUGGACAGUACCAAGACUGGAGGGAGUAAAGGUGGGAUUCUGUCAAAGGCGUGUGAUUACAUCAGUGAGCUGAAGCAGAAUAACCAGAGACUGCAGGAAAGUUUGAGAGAGCUGGAGAGAGUGCACAUGGACAAUGAGUUGCUCAGACAGCAGUUGGAGGAGCUGAAGAAUGAGAACGCUCUUCUUCGAGCUCAGCUGGAGCAGAACGGCAUUGAGACUGUAACAGACACACCAGCACAAUAAGCUCUAACUCUGGACUUGUGGGUCAUUCCAGAUGACAAAAUGAUCUUUAUUGACUGAAGUGGGCCACAUGAAAGAUGUUGCAAUAUUCUGCCUUGAGCUUUAAGAGUGCUAACUGAGUCAGGAGCUCUCUCUCUCAGUAUUUGGACACUCCUGAUAGUCAUAUUUUCUGAUACAGUGAAGCCACACCCUCUGCACAUGAGGUCAAAGGUCAAGAAGUUUUCAUCAGAGCAGACACCAACCGACAAUUCUGUUCUCUGCUAUUUAUUCAGCCUAACACUUGGACUAAUCUGUGGAAUAUACCUGCAAUGCAAAUAAUAAUUUUCUUAAUCAAUACUUUUGUAUUGUUUUCCAGCAAAAUAUCUAAACAUCCUUUACUUGUUACUUUACUUGUUGUGUAAAAUAAGACUUGUUUUCAAAGAAAAUAUAAUGAAUUAAGUUUAUUUGUAUAUUUAAUUUUUUCUUGUUUUAAGCACUAAUCACCAUUAAAUUUUGUUAGGCUUUUACUUAAAACUAGAAAAGCAAAUGUGUUAAUGGAGUAAAGGAAAAUAAACUUGAUUCAAGCACUUUUCUCUGAAAACAAGUCUUAAUAUAGUAUGCAGUUUUCUCCUUAAGUAAAUUUACUGAUUUAAGAACAGGUUAAGAAAAGGUUUUUUUUUUUUUUUUUUUUUUUUUUUUUUUUUCAUGAGCUGUUAUACACUUUUACCCAAAUUUUUCACUUUUCCUAAUUUUCCAGCUUUGUUGAUUUCACAUUUGUUUCCAUGUUUUACUUGGAGCAGUACUUGUUUGUUCAAUGCCUCGUUUAAUUUCAAAUUGUUCCGGAGAAAAUCUGGCUUUGUGGUGUUUCGGAAGGUCAUUAUGGAAAUUGUAUUUGUGGUUCCAGUGAAAUUAAGUGUUAAAAUCAGAACAAUAGCACCUUUGCAUGCAGUCAAGCUCAGAAGAUUCUCUGAUCCAGGAAAAUGAGCUCCGUCUAGGAUUAUUAGCUUCAUAUCUCGGAUCGCAUUCAGAAGACUGUUUGGAAAGGCAUCUCCUAAUUUAUGAAGCAAAUGAGUUUUGGUAGUUGCUGAAUGUAGGACAUCUCGGAUAAUGAAAACUAUUUGUUACUGAGUGUUAAAGUGUCUUGAACUUUCUUGGUAAUCACCAUAUCUACAAGACUUAAAACCCCACAGGUUUGGACUGAGAACAAUGCCAUGAGAUUGAACUGAUAAAGACAGAAUUUAAAUUUUAUGUGAACUAUUCUUUAAGACAUUACAGUGAAUGAAGCAAAGAAGGACCAUGUAGAAACUAAAAAAUAUAUUUUGUCUGUCAUACUGAUGUCUAUGCAGUAUAUACCAUGCAAUAAUUGACUAGCCUACAGCUACAGUUGACAAGAAAAGGAGGGACAAGUCGAAAUUAACUUUUGUGGUUAUCAUUAUUAUGCCACAAAUGCUGUCGAUUGAGCUUAACUUGUAUUGAACCCAGAAUAUUUCUUUAAGUCAUAUGAUCUCAUAAAAAAUUGCAUACACAAUUAUACAAUUAUAUAAGAAUGAUUAAAAUGAUGUUUAAAAUAGUCGUAGAUGGAGUAAAUCAUGUCACACUACACAAAUACCUUUUUGCUUCAAAUCAAAGUAAUGUUGUGAUUCAUCUCAGGGCUGGUUUUGGUUCAAGGCUUAGAACUUGAAUUAUUGAAGUUUUUUCUGAAAUGCCUAGAAAUUGAAUGUGAAAAAUAUGUCAGAAGCAAGGCCGCUGAAAAAGUUGUUGCUGUCUGUUCAUACCCUUGUUUGUCCUUUUUCGCAUUUUUUUUUAUUUUUUUAUUUUGCAGUCAUCACACCUUUACCUUGACUUUCUAACCCAGUUCUACCCUGUCUUCUCGUUUGGCCCGUCUGUCAGUCGCCAGUCAAACACACAAUGUCUGGUGUCGGUUUGUCCUCUGCUCUGUUUGACGUGACUGAUCUAUGGACCCGUGUUCCAGUAAGACAUCAGUGUCUCUGUCGCUUUGCAUGUUUACAGUAAUAGUAAUGCUGCAAAAUACAUGACACAUUCGAUUGCAAGCUUUCUGGAUGUUGCAUUAAAGAGAUAGUUCAUAU